AUGGACGUCACAGCUCUGACAUUUACGGAGUGUCUUCCCUCCAUCCUCGAUGACAUCUCCAAUAGCUGCUUUGUCUCUGUGGAUUACGAGCUUUCCGGCGUGGCCUUUGCGCCAAGUGGGCCUCGCCUCAAAACCCAGACAAUCGAACAGCGUUAUGUGCAGACAAAGGAAGUAGCAGAACGGUACCAGAUCCUCCAGGUUGGACUGACCACUUGCCAUGAAGACAAGGAGAAAGCGACCUACACACUGAAGCCCUAUAACAUCAACCUGAGUCCAAUCACCCACCGUGAGAUGGACUUAAAUCGGGACUGGACCAUGGGGAGCCGCUCAAUAGAAUUCUUACUUGCGAACAACUUCAGCAUUGACCAUAUGUGCAAGUACGGCGUCCGGUAUCUGUCUCGGGAAGAAGAGGUUCUGGCUAUCAAGAGAGCUACAGAAAGAAGCCAGGUGCGGCUCCCUACUGAGUGUCUAGACGUCAAAAAGGAUGAGCCGGAAACUUUGGCAUUCCUUGAAGAUGUUCGGGAGCAGGUCAAUGAUUGGCUGGCACAGGGCGAGGAACGCGACUUACGCGAGGAAUAUCUUAAUAUCCCGCCGCCCCAGGCCGUGGGACUUAUGCCUGACUCGCCCGUCCACUUAACGAGAAUGCAAAAAUCGCUUGUUCACCAACUCAUCAACGAGGAAUAUCCCACUUUGACGACGCGGAACAUGUCGACAUUCGUUCAGAUUCAAAUGCGAGAUUUGGACUACGAUAAGCUUCUCUUCGAAGGGAGAUUGCAUACCAAAAUGGAACGCAUUCGAAAGCAUAUUGGAUUUCGGUGGAUCGCAGAGGCACUCGUCGGCGGAAACCUGGAAGAACUAGAACCGGAGGCAUUCCAGCCUCUGGUGACCAGAGAACCAGCUCUGACGAUCGAAGAGCGAGCUCUUGAGUGCAAGCAAUUGGCAGACAAAGUGAAGAGACGGCUCAAAGAAAACAGACCGGUUCUGAUCGGCCACAAUAUGUUUUGUGAUCUGUUGUUCUUCUACAGAUCUUUCAUCGGUCCGUUGCCGGAUACUCUCGCCGAGUUCCAGACCGUCAUCCACGAGCUAUUCCCCGUGCUAGCUGAUACCAAGUAUCUUGCUACUCAUGACUGCGGUUCCCUUAAUCCUAACUCUUCACUCGAGGAGCUGAACACGAGGUUGGCGGGAAUGGAGAACCCCAAGAUUGAGAUCGACCCUCGCUUCAGCAAAUACCAUUUCCAGAAAAGCGCGCACGAAGCAGGUUAUGACAGCCUGCUCACAGCAAUGGUAUUCAUCAAGCUCGCAGGGAUCAUACGUGGCGGUGGAUCAGGGAUCUUCGCAAAAGACUCGCCAGGAGAGACAACAGCACCCAGUCUGGCUGCCAGUGUUAUGGCAACUCCCGGUAAUGCUACUUCCAGAUCGGAAUUUAACGACUUCUUUGACACUGAGAAUGAAUUGUUUGACACUGAGAAUGAGUUGUUUGACACUGAGGAUGAGUUGUUUGACAUUGAGAAUGAGUUGUUUGGCACUGAGAGUGAAUUGCUUCCGCCGAUCCCAGCAGAUGACAUUGCUGAAUCUGGAACGUCCCUGGCAGAUGGCUCCGAGCUCAUGACUUUCCUGGUCAAUUGGGGCAUUCUUCUACCACGUCAAGGGGAUAGCUUCUGGGGUGUCUACGGGAAUAAACUGCGUGUGUUUGGCACACAGGAGCGAAUUGUGAAACUGGGAGAGGUGCCCGUGGAAGAAGAUUUGCUGCUGGCGCUUUGA